ACUGAAGGUCUUGAUCGUUUCCUACCAGCACAAUGGAUAUCCACCGCUGCAGAUUCGUGCCCUACCCUCCAUCGACAAUCAACGCGCUUGCCUUCUCCCACUCGCACAUUUCGAAAGAUCAGAAAACUGCCCCUCCAAGAUUAGCAGUCGGACGCGCAAAUGGAGACAUCGAAAUUUGGAAUCCGCUGAAGGGCUUGUGGUUACAGGAAACCAUUAUUCGAGGAGGAAAAGAUCGCAGUAUUGAUGGCCUUGUAUGGACUCAAGAUCCAAAUGAAGACGUCGAAGGAAGAACGAUUAUUGGGAAAUCAAGACUUUUCAGUAUAGGAUACACAACUACGGUCACAGAGUGGAAUUUGGAGACGGGUCGACCACUUCGCAAUGCCAGUGGCAAUCAUGGAGAGAUAUGGUGUAUUGCUGCCCAGCCUGCCUUACUUCCUGCAGAAGAGGAAGACAUUGGCAGCAGCGCACAGUGGACGGGGCAAAGUCUGAUAGCUGGCUGCACGGAUGGAGCAUUAGUACUAUACUCGACCAAAGACGAUGAUCUACAGCUUCAGAAAGUCCUCAUUCGCCCAUCUUCGAAGAAAGCAAAGAUCAUUAGUGUCGCAUUCCAAGACAGGAAUAUUGUGGUUGCUGGUUGCACAGAUAGCACGAUUCGUAUAUUCGAUAUCCGAACGGGUGCAUUGUUGCGAAAUAUGACCACUGGUUCAGGGCCCAAAGGAGGACCGAAGGAAAUCAUUAUAUGGUGUGUCAAAGUUCUGAAGAGUGGAAAUAUCGUUUCUGGAGACUCGACUGGAGAGGUCAAGAUCUGGGAUGGAAAAACAUUUACCAUGUCGCAAAGGAUAAAGUCGCACAAGCAGGACGUGUUGAGUCUUGCUACAAGUCAUGAUGGUUCAGCAAUCUUCAGUGGUGGCAUGGAUAGAAGAACCAUCACCUACAAGCCAGUAGGUAAGGGCAAGCAAAGAUGGGCAGAAGUGGCACAUCGCAGAUUUCACAAUCACGAUGUCAAGACUAUGGCAAGCUUCGAAGGCCUCGGCAUGAGCGUUUUUGUAUCUGGAGGUCCUGACGCAUCUCCCAUCGUGGUUCCUCUCGGCAAAUUCGGAUUCGAGCACCAAAGAGCAUUGCCAUUCCUUGCCCAAGAGCCAAUUAUACGAAGCGCACCAAGCAAGAGGCUGAUGGCGAGUUGGUGGGACAGAGAAGUUCAUAUAUGGCGAAUGAACAAGCAGUCGAAAGCUGUAACAACCGAAGAGAGUGAAGAUGAAGCAGAGGUGAAGGGCCGUAAGUUGGUCGCCAAAAUGCUUAUAAAAGGAGAGGCGAAUAUCACUUCUACAGCUUUAAGCGCGGACGGCAAUCUAGUCACUGUAGCCACCACGACAGAUCUCAAGAUGUUUCUUCUACGUAGUAAGAAACCAGAAGACGGCGAGGGUUUGAGGGUCUCGAAAGUUGUUGUUCCUGCAAGCAUCGCUUCUGGAGCCAGACUUGUCCAAUUUUCACCUGACGGAAAAUGGCUCUGCAUUAUUCGUCCAGACAGUCAUAUCCUGCUCGUUAGAAUAACGAGUGAGGCCACAUCAGUCACUGUCCACUCACAAGCCUCCAAGCCUUCACGACUUGAUCGCCGCAUCGAGAAGAAUAUUCUUCUUGGCGGCCUUGGCACUUACGACAGAACAAUCUCGCAGGUUACAUUCUCUUCAGACAGUCGGAUCCUCGCCAUCAGCGAUAUCGCUGGUUACAUUGAUACGUUCGUACUUUCAGGAAACGAGGAUCUUACUUUACCGAUACCCGAGGACGAGGCAGACGCCGCGUCAUCAGAUUCUUCAGAUCCUGAAUCAGAUUCAGAUGAAGAAGAGGAGUCCAAAACUAGGCUCAUCUUCGGUCAGCAUUGGACACGCAAUCCAGCUGCAUCGUUACUCCCGAAGCUACCUGCUGCACCUGUGGUGCUCUCAUUUCGGCCCGGCACCAACGACGCACAAAAGCCUUUGAGUAAUGGUGUGUCACCGCAUCCUACCAGAAACAAUCCGCACCCUGUGCCACACGACCUGCCCGAAGGAGAGGACCGCUUGCUCGUGGUUACAGCUACAUCUGAUGUCUUCGAAUUCGAGGUUUUGAAGGGUGGACUGAGCGCCUGGUCGCGGCGGAACCCGACUUCUAGCUUCCCGCCUAAGUUCAAAAAAUCUCUGGAUCAGGUACGAGGCUGCAUUUGGGAUGUUAAAGAUUCGCGAGAGAGAAUAUGGUUGUACAGCAUUAAUUCGUUAUGGAUGUUUGAUCUGUCACAAGAUUUCCCUCCGGAUCCCGCGGGCGCUGGAAGUCGGAAACGGAAGCGGGCAGCUAAGGAACAUCCAUCUGGGGCAGGAGGUCACGUUGAGGAUCAUCAGCUAAACACUGGUAUUUCCAGGAAGAUGCAGAAACGAGAUCCAGACGAGGUUGAGAUUGAGGAGGUGGAAAUGCUUGUGAAGGAUGAUGAUGCGAUGGAUGUUGAUGAGGAUGUCGAUGAUGUCUCUACUCUCCAGCGUCUGAUUUAUGGUGAUACAGAGACCGAAGAUGCCGUCAAGGGUACAAAGUCUCGCUCUUGGCACUGGAAGACCUUCAAAUAUAGACCUAUUCUAGGUAUCGUGGAGAUAGGCGAAGGCGAUGAAUUUGGACCCGAGGUAGCUUUGGUCGAAAGGCCGAUCUGGGAAGCGGAUCUACCGCCGAGAUAUUAUGGUGAGCAGGAGUGGAAGGAUAAAGAGAUGGCGGCCAUGUGAUGUACGUUUGCCUAUAUGGGAGUCUCUGUGUGCAUUAGCUGGAGUUUGGGUGGUGAGAUACUGGGCAAGGAAAAGUCUACAGAGCACGAAUGUGAAUGGAGUAUUUCACAAUAUCUUGGCUGUUCAUAAUGUCUGUUCUUCCUGUGAUGUCUGUUUUACUUGUCAAUGUCUGGUUCGGAUUUGACAUUUAUCGGGCUUGCUAUAUUUCUUACUGCUGUUGGUCAUUGUACUCAUCCGAUGAAUCGGCGGAGGAGGAAUUAAUCAGCUUCAUGGCUGUUCACGACAGUAGAAGAUCCUCAGCCGACUGCUUUCUUGUUUGCAGAGCCCAUCAAGUCCUUG